AUGAAUUCGCAUGUGGAGAGUAAUGUUGUUGAUAUAGAAAUUCCUUGUUUUGUAUUUUUUGCGCUGACCCCCCUGUUUCUAUCUAUACGGAUACUAUCUCGACUAAAAACUGGUUCCGGGAUUGGAUGGGAUGAUGGGACAAUCAUAGUCUCAUGGGCUUUCGCGCAGACCGUCUCGGGACUUUUAAUAACUGCGUGUAAACACGGGUUUGGACAGCAUAUAUAUAAUAUUCCAGCUCAAGAUCAAACGUUGGCGCUAAAGCUCUACUAUGUUGCCCAAGCAUUCUACAAGCUCACCUUAAACCUAACCAAGGCGUCUAUCCUCCUAUUAUAUCUCCGCAUUUUCCUUCAACGAUGGUUCAGGAUCUCAUGUUAUGUCUUGCUGGGUAUAAUCUCGAGCUAUAUGCUGGCUACCGCUGCUUCGUCUAUAUGGCAGUGUACUCCAAUAAGUAGGGCUUGGGACAAGUCUGUACCGGGAACAUGCAUCAGUAUCACUAGUAACUGGUAUGCGAAUGCGGGCUUCUCGAUCGCUACGGAUAUUAUAAUCCUUGUGCUUCCCAUGCAACCUAUUUUCCGGUCUAAUCUGCCGCCGAAGCAGAAAUGGGCGCUGAUGAUUGUGUUCGCUUUAGGGAUCUUCGUAACUAUAACGAGCAUCAUACGCAUGCAGACAAUCGAUUUCUCGUCUACGAGCUCCGACCCUACCUAUGACGUUGCUUCUUCAACCUGGACAGUUAUUGAGGAGAAUGUUGCCAUAAUAUGUGCGUGUCUUCCUAUGUGUAAGGGACCGCUCAACUGGCUAUUUCCGUCGGUAUUUAUGUCGACAUCAAAGCGCACCUCAUCUAGCUACAAGCCGAGCCAACCGACGAAUAAUUCUGGUCGGAAUUAUUGGGCCCCGACCCGCGGGGACAGCGAGAUGCUGAGCACGCGUGUGACAUCCGUUCAGGGAUGUAAGUCUACCGGUAGUAGCAAUAGUCAGGAGUAUAUGCUAGAAGAGACCGGAUCGCUAGAUCGUAGCAGCGAUGUGGAGGAAGUUCGGGGUAUUCGGAAAGUUAUCCAAUAUGAUAUCACAGUACAUACAUCCGGUGGUAGCAAAGAGUCGGUCUGA